UGAAAGCUGGGACGGGAACAGAGAUGGACAGAAUGUCACUGGCUGCUUAUUGUGGGAUUUGCUGUAGAAAGAUAGGAACUUUUCGGUCAGCCACUAAAACAGACAAAUCAUGGAAAGAUAUAAGAAAAAUUGCAAAGGUAACUGGCUCACUUAUUUUAGGGGGUUGUGUCUUUGCUGCAUACGAACUUCUUACUUUAAAGAGGUUGCUCUCAUUUGAUACCCAAGUAGUACAGCAAGAAAAACUGAAGUCCUACAUUUAUUUGCAAACUGCUUCUUUGGAUCCAAAUGAGUAUCAGGGUCUUAUGUAUCAAGUGAGAAAGGAACUUCACAGAGCUGCAAGGAAAAUACUAGAAACAAAUGCUAAAAUAUUUCGGUGGCCCUUUCAAGACUCUGUCAGUCCAUUUGAUGCAGAAGAGUAUGAGAGUGCCCUGUGGCUCCUUCUGAAAAGAAGCCAGUCAGAAGACAAAGCGGUUCGAAUGCAAGCUGUGCAGGAUCUGGCCUCCAAUCAUUUCUGGCGAGAUUAUCAGUAUAGGGCAGCUGCCCAAGCUAGUGAUCAGAGAACUGCAAUUGGCUUAGCACGAUGUAAAGAUGUUGACCUGCGAUUUUUCCUGCCACCACCUCCUUUACCAAAGUCAAAAGAUAUGCGCUGUCUGGAAGAUGAACUUCGAGUGCUGCUGGCAGCCUUACCUCAGACGGAUUUUGACCAGUGUGUACGGUAUUUCACAUCCUUGGCUUUAAGAGAAAGCAGCCAGACCAUUGCUGCACAAAAGGGGGGCUUAUGGUGUUUUGGUGGAAAUGGUCUGCCUUACUGUGAAAGUCUCAGUGCUGUCCCUGCUGACACAGUAGAACUCUUUUGUUUGCAAGCUUUAGUGCAACAUUCCAAGAUUCCUACUCAUUGUGAUAAAAUUGAAUCACAUGGUGGGCUUCAACUGCUGCAGAAGCUAUACCAGCUUCGUAAAGAUUCCGCAAAAAUACAAAGGAGCAUAAUUCAUAUAAUUGGAAACAUGGCACUGGAUGAACGACUUCAUUCAUCUAUAUUUCGUGCAGGUUGGGUUUCAGUACUAGCUGAAGUAAUGAAGUCUCGGCGUAUCAUGGAUUCCUCGCAUGCAGCAAAAGCCUUGGCCAACCUAGACAGGGAAACGGUCCAUGAGAAGUAUCCAGAUGGAGUGUAUCUUCUACAUCCACAAUGUCGAAGUAGUCAGCCCAUUAAAGCUGAUGUCCUUUUCGUUCAUGGUCUUUUGGGGGCAGCGUUUAAAACUUGGCGGCAACAGGACAUUCAGCAGUGUGCAGAUGAGAAGGAACUGGAUGCAGAAGAUGACUACAGUGAAUGUUGGCCAAAGACGUGGUUAGCAUCUGACUGUCCUAUGCUUAGAAUUAUAUCUGUGGAGUAUGACACCCACCUGAGUGACUGGAGAGCAAAAUGUCCUGUGGAGAGCUACAGGGAGUCUAUAGCUUACAGGAGUUCUGAGCUUCUCAAGAAACUAAGAGCUGCUGGUAUUGGAGACAGGCCUCUUAUAUGGAUGUCACACAGCAUGGGGGGUCUUCUAGUCAAGAAGAUGCUUCUGGAUGCUUCCAAGGACCCCGAAAUGGAUUCCAUUGUAAACAACACCCGGGGAAUUGUAUUUUACAGCGUACCUCAUCAUGGGUCCCGGUUGGCUGAAUAUUCAAUAAACAUUAGAUUUCUGCUGUUUCCUUCUGUGGAAGUUAAGGAACUCAGCAAAGAUUCUCCUGCACUUAAAGCCCUGAAUGAUGACUUUCUCUCAUUUGCAAAGGACAAGAAGUUUCCUGUAUUAAGUUUUGCCGAAACGUUACCAACACGAGUUGGCAGAAUGUUGAACCUGCAUGUGGUACCAGUGGAAUCUGCAGAUGUAGGCAUAGGAGAACUCAUUCCAGUAGAAGUUAGCCACCUGAAUAUCUGCAAGCCAAAGAACAAGGAUUCAUUCCUUUAUCAGCACACCCUAAAGUUUAUUCAAGAAACUUUAAAACGAGAUCUGAGAAACUGAUGAAUUGCUACAACACUUGGCUUAUUUCUUUGCGAUGUCUCAUGUAAUUCCUAGAGACACCUGUGCUGAAGCUGUACUUGUAGGGCUACGGAGAUACAGCAAUGGGUUUUAUUUGGUCUUGAACAUCUCAACUGCAGGUGUUUGGAGUAUGCUUAUAAUAUGAAAAUGCAUAAAUGCCCAGUGCCAUAUAUGUCAAAGAGAAGGUCAUCGUGGCUUUAUUGUCUUCCAUGCUCUUGUCUACAUUUACAUGGGAAUGUUGUAGAGCAGAAAAAAUCUCUAUUAAAACUUGCCAAGAAGCAUUUGCUGACCAAUAGAAACAUCAAAAUGCCCUUUGGCCUAGGAAAGUCCUCUUUCCUUAGGGAUGCUGCCAUGUUUUUCCUGUAACAAUAUUUGCCAGGCACAGGUAGUUGUUGAAAGGUGAGCGUGGGAUGAAACUUCCCACAUAGAUGCAUGAUAUAGAUCUAAUGCACUAGAAUGGAGCAUCUGACCGAGUCCUGCUCCUGUACAUAAGCACUUCAGGACUAGAAAUACUAUGCUAUCUUGUGUCAAAAUGUGCCAGAAACCAAAUACAACAAAAGAAGUCCUGUUGGUGUUUGGGAUGAAAACCCCAUAUUGUCUAAAAGGCUCUAGAAUAAGCUCCAGUAGCAUUGUGUUAGUUCACAAUGUAUUCACUAACUAAAAUGUUUCUGAAUAUAAAGUUAAGGCCAACAUUGUCUCAGUUUCCUUAAAUGGGCCGUAUUUUGUUAUACUAUUGUUAUGUUUUUAUCUUGUUUUAAUUGUUUUAAUUAUGGCU